AUGGCUGAAAAUUUGAAUGAAAAGGGCAACAAGGCCUAUCGAGAGGGGAAUCUCUGCAGAGCUCGCGACUGCUACGAAAAGGCUGCUCAGCAGGAUGCCGACGAGCCAAAGUACUUUUCAAACCUCAGCGCGGUGCUAUUCGAGCUGGGCGAGUACACAGAGUGUACAAUGGUUAUCGUAAAGUCAUGGAAUAUUCUCAAAAGGAGCGCGGCUCCACUUGCCUCCAGUCCCUUGGCCGUGAAGCUAGCGACUCGCUACGCAAAGGCAUGCUACUUUGCAGGCCGUUCGGGACCAUGCACCAAGGUCAACGAGGACAUCAGUCGCUAUGUAGAAAGGCGAUCGGGUCAGGAACAGGACGACAAGGUGAAGGAAAUGGGGACGUGGUGGGAGAUGAUAAAAGACGGAGAACGCGAAGCUUCCCCGACGGAAGAACUUGACCGUGCAAGGAACACUGGUAUUCAUAAGACAAUACAUUCGCUCAUCGAUGGAGUAGAUCAAGACCCAUCAACCGAAAUGAAGGAAAAAGAUCGUGAUUCAAUGGAAAAGAAAAAGCUGGCCUUCCUGUUUGGAGGGUCGGGAGACGUUGCCAAAACCAUCGUCAUCUAUGAACUGCUUGCUGCCGUGGGCCAAGCAAAAAAUGAGGAGGAAAGGGACGAGAUAUACGCAACACUCGCUUUCAUGUACACGUGGGCGUUUCUGCCGGACUACUGCGUCCAAAGUCCUAGAGGAAUGGCGCACACCUCUCAAAAAGUCGGCUGCGCGGAUGAUGGAACUAAAUCCCACCAUUCCUCCGCCAACAGAAAUGCAACCGGAGUCGACGUUAACGAAGACAACGAGUUUGAGCAGCGUCUCAUCGACAAGACACGGGCAUUGAUCCCUCCGGCUACGCUCAUCACUCGCCAUCCAGCACUUAAAAGGGUGCUUGAAAUCCGGAAGUUGACGGGACAGGCACUACGGGACGUGAAGACAGAGGUAAUGCAGAAGUGGCAGCCUAAUUUUCUCAUUUUCGAUCGGGAGGACAUUGAAAAACGUGGCCUGCGGCCAUACGACUCCGAAAACGGCUAUCCCCACAACCACUACAACCCCCAAGACAGGCUUUUAGAUUUCCUCUAUGCCUGCGUGCGAUCUUUACCUCCAGAGAGCUCUAAUAUCAAUGUCAUGCGCGUUCCGAGAACGGUCUUCCAAAUCAUGAAGCAGUUCUUUACGCUCGUAGUGGCAGCGUUGAAUGCGUUGAAGGGUAGAGUCGUGGUUGAAGUGGUGUUGGAGGAUGUGAUUGCCGGUCUUCCGAGGCUCUUUGCAGAUCCCGCAAGGCCUAAAACCUACCCGCAGAAGUUUACAAGAAUGUGGCUGAGCAACGUCCCGGACUACACCGGAGGUACUCUAAAUACUGCGGUCUUUUUGAUUCCCCAUCUCCAUCGGUCCAAAUCCAGCAUGAUAAUGUCCAAUAUGCUUCUCAACACCGUUCUAUUCUCCCAGGUGCCAGAGGUCACCUACAAUUAUACACUUUUCGAGGAGAAGAAUCUGCAGCGUUUCCUUGCUUGUAGGAAUGUAAAACCUCUGGAUGAGAACAGCGCGUGGGGCAGACAAGCACUAAUCGCCGACACAGAUGUAGUUCGCAAGGCUUCACGACUUCCCUCCAAAGACGAGCUUAAUACCUGGCUUUCGCACCUCUUGCUUACCAUCGUCAAGCCGGCGUACACCAAUGUGAUGCCUUGCCGGAUCGACCAGCCGAACAACCUCGCAGCGUUUGUCCAUGUACUAAUCUAUCUCAACACUGUCGUCGGGGUUCCAGGACAUUGGUUGGCCGAGUUUCUGGCUUUGGUUCUUGACAAUCGCUUGGCCACGACGGCAAAGCCCUAUUGUGGCUUCUUACCUGUCCCCAUCGACCACGAGCAGGACAAAAGGACAAAGCCGGAAAGAGUUAAUCUGGAGUUUUGGAGGAGUGAUUUGAGGCUCGUACUUUCGGAUUUGAAGCCGCUGAUCCAGUUUCCGAUCAGACAUAUCCUCCCCGACAAUUUCUUCCUCCGGAAGGACGACAUCGUGCAUCUCAAGACUCGCAUCACGGAGAAUCAAGGCGUGUUCAUGCCAUUUCCACACACGCCUUUUGUGUCUGCCAUCGCCUUUGCGUUUUACAAACUGCAGAAUAACGCCAAUAUUGAGUCCGUCGUGAAGGAAAGCAGCCUGACGAAGGUUUUCGAGAUGAGCCCGGAUCAGGUGAAGAAGACAAUUGGGUCUGUUCAAAUCAUGUUAUCGAAUGGACGCGUCGAUGUGGUGCAAGAAGAAUAUUAUAGCUGGCUUCAACGAGGAAAGAGGUUAGUGCCUCCUUCCUUUGUGAGUUGGAGAAUGGCUAGGGAGGAUUACGAGAGGAUGUGUCGAGAGAAGUGGGAGAUGGUACUAUACAGGACCGAUAAUGGAAUCACGGCGACCUGCCCUAUUAAGGCAAGCGAUUGGGUUGUUGUCGAGGCCUGA